UUCUUUGUCAGUUUUAGUGUCAGAUUGUGCUCUAGUAAUCAGUUUUAUUUUUGUUGAUGUUCGAUUUCUUCUACAAAUUUAAAAAUGGCAUCCAGAAGAACCUUUAUUGGCGUAUGGACGGCUCCUCGUGAAGAUUCCACCACCUUGGAUGUUUUUGAUGAUUAUAGACCCGGAUCGGUGCGUCCGGUGCUCUUUGUCCUCUACACUUUGGAAUCGGUAUUCAAUAUAUUUUGCUUGCGGAUUCACAUCUCCGGCUUCCAGGCCCUGCGGGCGAACUUGUUCGGACGGGUGGAGCAGCUGGUUCACUACUCCUAUCUUUUCAUCUUUUAUGUGUUUAUGGUGAUCACCCUAUUCCAGAGCGUCAAUCUCUGUACGGGCCAUAACCCAACAAUAACCGUGGAGUUGAUUAAGACCAGCUCCGCGACCAUUGCCUUCUUUUUUGUAUCCUUGGCCACGAUGUGGGAUGCCGAGCGGCAGUUCUAUAAGUUGGUCAUCGAGCCGGAAUUAGAGUCUAAUCCGGGAAAGUUCAUCAACUAUGGGCCAGUGUAUCCGUUCUUCGUUUAUAUGCGUAGCCAAUCGAUAUCAGCCUUGGCCUGUGCAUCGCUCUACCUGCUCCACACCUGCCUCAUGGUGGAUUACAAGCUGACCACCGAAGAGAGGAACGACGAGGACAUGCCCAUGUCUCUGUUCGUCUUUGGGCGCUGGGUGCACACCAAGCUGGAGAGCUACGAGUGGUUCGAAGAGUUCGCCAGCUACGAUAACAUACGAAUCUAGAAUGAAGAAGUCUUGACUGGGAAAAAAACUAUUUGGAAGAAGUCUGACUGCCUUCAUGGUUAAAAGCCAAAAGAAUUAAAUUUUAUGUAUUCAUUA